GAAAAAUGCCACAUAGUAAUCGUUUGUUCCAUUAAAAUUUGUGUGUUAUCUCAAUCAAAUAAUGAAAAGUAGGAAGAGGAAUCUGUUUUGAUGUGUUGCAAGUUAGUGCGUUUCUUAAGCUUAGUGAAAUAGUCCACAAAUUAGUGUUUUUAGUAUUAAGUAUAUUACUUAUCAUUUAACAUACACGAUAAAUAAUUGGAAAAACACAACCUCAAUAUGGGUCAUUCUGAAGCUGAAAAUGGCCGCAGAAAUUCGGAUGUUCGGCCGCAAAUAUCACGUAAUCAAACAUCCCGUAGAAAAAUACUAUGUAUGGAGGAAGCCAUUUCCAAAACUAAUUUCGGGCUGUUCAACUAUUACAUUAUUUUUGUCAGCGGAGUUAUUCUGUUCGCAUUGGCUAUGGAAACGAGCUCAAUUAUUUAUGUGAUUCCUGUUGCAUGUGACAUGAAUUUGACCACCGGCCAAAAAGGCGUUUUGGGAUCAGUUGUAUAUUUUGGAAUAUUAUGUUCAUCUUAUUUGUUUGGCUACCUCGCGGAUACCAAAGGCCGUCACUGUAUCAUUCAGCCAACAUUGUUUUUAGCAUGUUUUAUGUCUAUUAUUUGCUCAUUUUUUCAAAAUUUCUACGUUUUUAUCGCAUUACGAUUUCUCAACGGAUUUUUUAUGUCUGGUUCCGCAGCGAACAUUUUCGCAUAUUUAGGUGAAUUUCACAACAACAGCAAAAGAGGUCACGCACUUAUUGGUUCGACCGUAAUUUAUAGUGGUUUAUGCAUGAUUAUCCCAUUAACCGCGUAUAGUGUGAUCAAUCAGGAUUGGCAAUUUCAAAUCCCAUUCAUCGAUGUAAAUUAUAGACCGUGGCGUCUCUUUAUGGUUGUAUGCGGUACACCCGGACUUGUAUCAGCUCUACUUCUAUUCUUUCUGCCUGAGAGCCCGAAAUUCGUUCUGGCCCAAGGAGAUAGAGAAGGCGCUUAUCAAAUAUUACGAAAAAUGCACCGAUGGAAUAAUGGGGAAAAGUCGGAAUUUGAAGACUUUGAGAUUCGCGAAGAAAUCGAGUCAAUUAACAGCAGCCAGGGUAUUACAAAGAGCAAUAAAAGUCUGUUGAAAACGAUUUGGUAUCAAACUGUGCCACUAUUUAAGCCACCAUAUCUCAAAUCAACUACUUUGUUAUGUUUAAUUCAAUUUGGCAUUUACGCCACAGGCAAUGGAUUUUUUAUGUUUUUUGGCGAAAUUAUAAAUGGCAUGUCUAUAAAAUUGGAUAGCUUUACUGAGGAUAGAGCAAUGAUGUGCGACGUAAUCAACAUGAAAACAGUGAAUAUGAGUGCAAUCAAAGACAAUGAAAUAGAUUUAGAGGUUUGCAUUGACAAAUUGGAAUUAUCCACAAUAGAGAACGGUUUUAUCUUUGAGCUUUUGUACACCGUUUGCUUAGCUAUUUCUGGUAUGCUUCUUAACAGAGUGGGGAAGUUUCCAGUCACAUUUUUCAUUCUUGUAACAACGGGCCUAAGCGGGAUCGGUUGCAUGUUGACAGAUGUCCCAUUGUUGCAGAUCUCUUUUUACAUUUGGCUCCUGUCGUGUCAAAUGGCAUCGAAUGUCCUAAAUGCAGUUACCGUUGAUUUAUAUCCAACGACUAUGAGAGCAAUGGCUAUAUCGAUUUCAUUAAUGUUUGGACGACUGGGUAGCAUUGCGGGCUCCAAUACGGCUGCCAUUUUAUUGGAUGAUCAUUGUGAAGCUGCAUUCUACUUAUCGGGUUUACUUACCAUAGCAAUGGGCGUACUAGCAUUCUUCAUUCCAAACAUACACAAACGAGUAAAAAACUCUGACGAGCCUGACACUCGUUUAAGUAUAGUAUCAUUCACAGGAUCUGUGAAAAGUUUUCACUGAAACCCCUUUGAAGGAAAGAAGUCAAAGAAUAAUAUUCAAUAAAUACAUAUCAUAGGGAUUUACUAUUUCUAAUAAAUUCAUCGCCAAAAUUUAAAUCAUUUUUUUCUCCAUUGGCUCCUCGUUAACUUCAUAAAAAUCGGCAUUAUGAAGAUUUCCAUUCGCUCAAUGGACAAUUGGACAAGCAACAAUGGAUUUGAAAUUACCAUUGAAACCUUACAAUGCUUUACGAUUUAAUGCUAAUUCUGGUUUGAAAAUUCGUAUUAGAAUAAAUGUAUCUGUCAAAUACUGCGUGUAUCGUGAAAAAGCCA